AUGCAGCACGGCGCAAUAUCUGGUGACGAAGCCUCCGCCUUCCUACUACAUACUGCUGCACUUCAGUACUUCCCGCUUGCAAACCGGAGGCCGUCAACUACCACAGAAAACACUGCUCAAAGCCUCAUUUGUUCAUUCGCACGAACUGCAGCUUCCCUACUCCGUAAUGAGGAACUGUCUGAGCAGCUCGAUGUCCUGAAUCUCCCAGUCAAUCUUGCAGAUCUCCUCGAUGGGUUCUUGCUUGCUGCUCUAACCCACGAUGCCUGCCUUCGCAAUACGCUACUAGCCAACAAAGCUGUCAAGAAGAAAUACGACAGCCUGCGUGAUACAUUCGUUGAGGCCUCCAAGAAUGGUUUUGAUGGAAUACUCCCUAUGAGUAUAACCACCGAUUAUCAGGUUUCCAAAGACUCGGCCCGGUAUCGCUACUCAGUUCCUAGCAACGGCCAGACUGUUCUCCCUUUCAAGAAUGCUGUCUUCGAUAAGCACCUUGCUCCCGUCGGCCUGAAGCUGGAUGAAAGAUUCUCAAACGGGGCAACACAUAACAAUGCCAAAGUCUUCCAAGAGCUAUCGCAUUGGCACAAUCACAGAAACACGCUUGCACUGAAGACGGCGGCACAGAAGCUCGGUUAUUUUGGUCGCCGUCGGAAUGAUUUGUAUAUGGCUGAAAUGCAUGCGUAUGCAGCCAGCCUUACCAAUGCAGCUGGGAAAGUCUUGGAGCCUGAAACUAUCGUUGUGAACCAGAGACUACAGCCAUCCAAAACACAAAAGGCUCUUGUACUGGAUGCACCCGGCCGUUCGAACCAGCUCGAGAAAGGUGGCAAAAAAAUGAGCAAGCCGAUAAAGAAGAGUGGGAAGACUAUGGCUCUUGAGGCGGCAGCCGCUAUCAAGGCAGCAAAGACUCAAUCCAAAGGAAACAUCGACGCUGCUCACUGGAAAGUGAAGUGUAAGGAGCUCGGUUGUCAAUCUAAUCUGCAACUUCGGUACCUCACAGCCCGGGAUUACUCCAUGAGAUUACGUCAUGACAGUUUGAUCAAGCCAGAAGUGGAGCUAUACACAAUAGACUGCCUACUUCGGAUCUGGAUGGAACGUCAUAAAAGCACAGCUGUAGAAGCUGGUAGAAGCUUUGCAGCUUUAAUCUGGAACACACUUCUGGAGUUGCUAAAGACGAGGUCAGGAAUGACACCAGAGAUCUUGGCUUCCCUAGAAGUGAUCUUGAAGGUCUUGAAACUCCCUGCGCUCAAAUACGAGGCGGAGGCUACCAGCCGGCCACUCGAGUUCACUUGCGCAUUCAACGAGGCAAAGAUCUCGAGCGCUGCUGUGUCUGCCUCCAUCAACCGCAACAAAUUAUCCAUCCCAGACGGCGCAAAGAUGUUCCAGUUGGAGCAUUGUGGACCGUAUCCUGAGAGGGAAAUUGGCUCAGCUAUAGACGAACGUGUUCCGUUCCGUCCCGAUGCAUGGCAGCGCAAGGUUCUUGAUGCGAUUGAUGAAAACCAUUCUUUGUUCGUUGUUGCACCAACUAGUGCUGGCAAGACGUUCAUCUCCUUCUAUGCGAUGAAGCAAGUCCUCACGAAUGAUGAAGAUGGAGUCAUCGUCUACGUUGCACCGACCAAAGCUCUUGUCAAUCAAAUUGCCGCUGAAAUCCAAGCACGUUUUUCCAAGUCCUUCAAACGGCUGGGGAGAUCGGUCUGGGCCAUCCACACACGGGACUAUCGAAUCAACAACGCUACUGGAUGUCAGAUCUUGGUGACCGUGCCCCACAUCCUCCAGAUUAUGUUGCUAGCUCUCUUCAAUGCUGAGAAGGAAAACUCUUGGAGUUGCCGGAUCAAGCGGAUAAUAUUCGACGAAAUCCAUUGCAUUGGUCAAGCAGAAGAUGGAGUGGUCUGGGAACAGUUGCUGUUGCAGUCACCUUGUCCUAUCAUAGCCCUCUCUACAACUGUUAGAAAUCCGGAGGAGUUCAGUACCUGGCUUGGGUCAACUCAAGAAGCAAAUGGGAACAAACUUGUCACAAUUGAGCACCACCACCGAUACUCGGACUUACGGAAAUUCAUCUACGUUCCUCCAAAGAAGUUUUGCUUCACAGGUCUACCGGAAAGCCCUCCUAUCCAUACACCAGGCCUAGACGGAAUGGAAGCCUUUUGUUUCGUCCAUCCUGUCUCGAGUUUGAAUAAAAAAUCUCGAGGAAUGCCGAAAGAUCUCCAUCUGGAGGCUCGGGAUUGUCUUUGGCUCUGGCAAACGAUGAAAAAGCACGCAACAAAGGAGUAUGUUGUUCCACUCAACCUCAGCCCGGACGCACUUCCGGAUAUAAUUAAAAAGAUCCACAUCUUCGAAUGGGAGAAAAAGCUCAAGGCUACGCUGCUGGAAUGGAUGAACUGUGGAGGCUCGCCAUUUGAGAAAGUUCAGCAGGAUCUGAGCAAAACGCUGGUCAAGCCCGCGCCCCGCUACCUUCUCAGCACGAAACACAAUUUUGGUGAGAAACUUGCGGCAUUCGAAAGGUUCAAGAAAGACCAAGAAGUGAUCAAGGCCAAGUCCAAGGAUCGAAAGAGCACAGCCAGAAUGAAAGCUAAGGGUAGAGGCGACAACAAGAGAGAGAAGGACGAUGAAGAGAGAGUGUCGAGAUUGGACCGUGAACGCGAAGCCGCGUCUACAGAGCAUACCAAGUGGGAUGGUUUCAAUCCUCGUGCCCCGAUCAAUGGCUUCCACUUCGCCAACAUGCAUAAACUGCUGCAAUCGGAGCUCAACGUAUACAAGCAGCAACUUCGCGAUCGAGGCGUCGCAGAAUGGCUUCUCAGUGCUUUGAGCCGAGGCAUCGGCGUCCACCAUGCAGAGGCUACCUGCAAGUUGUAA